CGCUGCCGGGACCAUGGCAUUUGCAGCUGCUUAUGGAACCAACGGCACGAUCUCCCAAGACACCGAGAACGUCGUGACGAACAGUAGCACCACCACUGACGAAAAGAAACCUGAGGCCGCCGGUGGAGACGCGGCGGAGAAGGCCGAGCUGCUGCCGAGCGGGCAGGCGGAGCUGCUGAACGAGACGGCGUCGGAGGUAGUGCAAAACGGCACGUUCCCGACGCAGGCAGCGGAGUCGAGCGAGGAGAAGAAGGCGCGUGCAAGCAAGAAGAAGAAGAAGAAGAACAAGGACAAGGGCGUCGCCGGCGAGACGACGACGGCAGAGGCGGCGUACAACUGGAAGCUCUGCAAUGUGACUGCCGGCGCGGACUACAUCCCGUGCCUGGACAACGAGGCGGCCAUCAAAGCGCUCAAGAGCAACACGCACUACGAGCACCGGGAGCGGCACUGCCCCGCAGAUGCGCCGACGUGUCUCGUGCCCUUGCCGGAGGGGUACCGGCAGCCGAUCCCGUGGCCGCACAGCCGCGACAAGAUCUGGUACCACAACGUGCCGCACACGAUGCUGGCGUCGUACAAGGGGCACCAGAACUGGGUGAAGGUCUCCGGCGAGCACCUGACGUUCCCCGGCGGCGGCACACAGUUCAAGCACGGCGCGCUGCACUACAUCGAGCUGAUGCAAGAGGCGCUCCCGGAGAUCGCGUGGGGGCGGCGCAGCCGCGUGGUGCUCGACGUCGGCUGCGGCGUCGCCAGCUUCGGCGGCUUCCUGUUUGACAAGGACGCGCUGACCAUGUCGUUUGCGCCCAAGGACGAGCACGAGGCGCAGGUGCAGUUCGCUCUCGAGCGCGGCAUCCCGGCUGUCUCUGCCGUCAUGGGCACUAAACGGCUCCCCUUCCCCGGCAACGUCUUCGACGUCGUCCACUGCGCGCGGUGCCGCGUCCCUUGGCACAUCGAGGGCGGCAAACUGCUGCUCGAGCUGAACCGCCUACUCCGCCCCGGCGGCCUCUUUGUGUGGUCCGCAACGCCCGUCUACCGGAAGAUCCCGGAGGACGUCGAGAUCUGGCACGCGAUGGCCGCGCUCACCAAGUCCAUGUGCUGGAAGAUGUUGAAGAAGACGAGCGACACUGUGGACCUGACCGCCAUGGUCAUCUUCAAGAAGCCGUCGAGCAACGACUGCUACGACACGAGGACGGGCCCGGAGCCGCCGCUGUGCGAGGCCUCCGACGAUCAAAACGCGGCGUGGAACAUCACGCUGCAGGCGUGCAUGCACCGGGUGCCCACCGACCCGGCAGCCCGCGGCUCGCGGUGGCCGGAGCAGUGGCCGGAGCGGCUGGCGACAACGCCGUAUUGGCUGAGCAGCGACCAGGUGGGCGUCUACGGCAAGCCCGCGUCAACCGACUUCGCGGCGGAUCAGGAGCACUGGAGGAAGGUCGUGGAGAACUCGUACCUUACCGGCAUGGGCAUCGACUGGAAAAACGUCAGGAACGUCAUGGACAUGAGAGCCGUCUACGGAGGGUUCGCCGCGGCGCUGCGGGACACGAAGGUGUGGGUGAUGAACGUGGUGACGAUCGACUCGCCGGACACGCUGCCGAUCAUCUACGAGCGCGGGCUGUUCGGGAUGUACCACGACUGGUGCCAGUCCUUCAGCACCUACCCCAGGUCGUACGACCUUGUCCACGCAGACCACCUCUUCUCCAGGCUGAAGAGCAGGUGCAAGCUGCUGCCGGUGAUCGUCGAGGUGGACCGGAUCCUGAGGCCAGAGGGCAAGCUGAUUGUCCGCGACGACAAGGAGACGGUCGAGGAGGUUCAGCGUAUAGCGAGAUCUUUGCAUUGGGAGGUCAGGAUGACCGUGUCCAAGCAAGGGGAGGAGCUGCUCUGCGUCAGGAAGACGACGUGGCGGCCCAUGGAAGUCGAGGCACAGAGCUAG